CCUCUCUCUCUCUAUCCCCUUCUGACUUUGUAACCGCUUUUCUCAUCCCCUUUUUCUCCUCCCUCUCUCUCUCUCUCUCUCUCUCUCUAUAAAUCUCCCAUCUCCAUCUUAAGAUCCCACGAACUCGUUGAUCCUUCGCAAUUAGGGCACGGAUCGAUCGAACGAGCAAUCGCCAUGCCCUAUUCUCAAAAUUGCGCGGCUUCUCGCGACGGCCCCGUGGGCUAUCACCACCACCAUCGCCCCCACGCGAACCGCCGCGAUCGUCAACAAUUCGCCUCCGAUCAAUCCCACCCCUACCACAAUCCCCUGCUCUGCAGAGAUCACCAGGAUCGAGUUUCCCACGCCGCCUAUGGCGGCGGCGGCGGCGGCGGUGGCGGUGGAGGAGGGCCCCCGCCCUUGAAGCGGAGGCGCUCCGACGCGCCGGGGCGCCCGGGGGAGACUGCGGCGGAUCGGGGAAGGUGGAUCGGGGGCGCCGGGAGCGGGAGUGGUGCUGCUUCCACCAGCGCCUCCGCUUUCAACGGGAGGAGGGGCCUCCGCGCGGAGCCGGAGCCCGCCGCCGGCGACGUCGUCGCGUUCAUGUCGAGGGACGAGAUCGAGCGGUGCUCGCCCUCGCGGAAGGACGGGAUCGACUCCGUCCUCGAGACGCGGCUGCGGUACUCCUACUGCUCCUACCUGCAGAGCCUGGGGAUGCGGCUGGAGCUGCCCCAGACGACGAUCGCGACGGCGGUGGUCCUCUGCCACCGCUUCUUUCUUCGGAGAUCUCAUGCUUGUCACGACAGAUUCUUGGUUGCUACUGCAGCUUUAUUCUUGGCAGCAAAGUCUGAGGAAACUCCGUGUCUUUUGAAUACAGUACUCAGGGCAUCCUGUGAAGUUUCUCAAAAUCCAGAAUUCGCUUUCUUCCCGUAUUUGUUUCAUGGUCAGGACUGGUUUGAGCAAUACCGUGAGCGGGUUACUGAGGCAGAACAAAUGAUACUGACAACCCUUGAUUUUGAACUUGAUGUGAAGCAUCCAUACGCUCCGCUUACAUCUGUCCUUCUCAAACUAGGACUUUCACGUACUAUUCUUUUUAAUAUGGCUUGGAGUCUGGUCAGCGAAGGGGUAUUUCUUCGAGAGAAUAAUAUGCUCACAUUUGUGAUAUUCUUAGCUGGAGGAUUGAUGUGCUGUUCAUGGAAAGCAUAUUUUUGUUUCACCUGGAAUUGAGAAAUUGCAAGUUUUUAUGCAAUUAAUGACAAUUGAAACCAAAUAUUACUGGAUCCUGGAUCUUAGAUAUGGCUGAUGUACAUCAUAAACCUUUACUGCUGGUUGGGUUAAACCUUACAGUUUUCCUCGAGAGUCGCUUUAUGUCGAUUUGAACUGUCUGGAUCAUGACACUUUUCCUCAUUACAUGCUUGAAUUCAUCUAAAGACUCUUUUCUUUUCUUUGUUGCUCCCCCUCUUGGCACCUGGUGAACAUACUUUAAACUGAGUUUAUUCGUUGUUCCAUCAUGUCCAGUUGUCCAGUCCCAUCCCCCCGCUCCCCAUUCCCGCCCCUUCUCAAGGUGAAUGCAUUUUGAUUAUUGGUCUAUCUAUUGAUCUUCCUGUCUUGUCCCCUCGUCCGCUCCUAUCUUUUGAUGCAUCAGAUGAUGGUUAUUAUUAUUUUUUUCAUGUAUUUUUUACCUUUUUUAAUCAUGUUCUUUUUUUAUCAUAUGCUUCCACACCUAUUUUCCCUCAUUUCUCUUCCUCUUGUGAGAAACGAAGAGAAAAGCAAAAAAAGCACCUGAGAAAAGGAAUUCCUCCCUAUGAUUUUAUUUUUUAUUUGACCGUGCUGUACUAACAUUAUUCUUAUGAUAUUACUUCAUUAAAAGGACAUCUUUCUUUUUAGUGCUGAUACGUUGUUUACCUCCUAUACAUCUUAUCAUUUAUAACUCUGCAGUAAAUUAAAACAUGACAUCUGUAAAACUCUCUUCUCCAUGCUUAGGGAUAUUUAGCUAACAGAUUGCUAGCUGCCGCAUUUAUAGGAAAGUACUUUACUAAUUAACACAUGAACGGAGUUCUAUGUAACUCAUACUAUUUUUUUUCAAUGUGUUUUAUUUGUUGCAUAGCAA